AUCAGCAAAAGAAAAAGAGAUAAUCUCUAUAUACGUUCACUGAAAUUUUCGUGAUCCAUAUGGGCGCCGCCAUUUAUUUUUUCAUUACCUGUUUCAACAGUUAUUCGUGUUUUAUUUUGAAUGCCGAUAAUAGAAGACUCUAACGUGCAAUUCGUAAUUUAAACACUCAGUUUGUUCAAAGUGAAUAAUAAUAUGUAUACGGUGUGACCGUUGGACCGAGCGAAGCAUGUACGUAACUCCGUAUCCCGAGUGGUAAUCAUAAUUCCGUUAAGUACGGUAGAUUAUGAUUCAUUUAAAAAUAUAUAUUUUGAAUGAAAUUUCCUUGGCCUAAACACCCAGUAACAUCUCAAUAUUAAAGGAGUUUAUAUGGGGACAACAGUUUUACAUGAUCCGCCUAUUCAUUGAACGCGGGAAAUAAAACGCAAGGCGACAUAAACUGUGCAUUGUGACAGAAUUGUCUACCUCGGUGGAGGUUUUGCGGUCCUUCAUCCUCACCGAUUGUUCUAACAUUUCGUAAUAUUUUGAGGGGUGAAUACCAUUUUUCUGAGCCUUGCCUAGAUUAAUGCUUUGCAUGCCCUGCGAUCUACACGGAUGAAGAUGGAAUUUAUACAAUAUGUAGCUAUAUAUGCAAUAUUGACCGGGAUCAAGAACUUAUCAUCUGUGUUAUGAUCAAAAACUAUGUUGCUAUGUAUGAUUUAUUUAAUAUUGGCCGGGAUCAAGAUGAAGGCAUACGAUGAAUCUGUGCUACGAUUAAAUAAUAUGUAGCUAUGUAAAUAUUAUGUUGACCGUAAAUGUAAUGUUGACCGUACAUGUUGACCGUAAAUGUAAUGUUGACCGGGAUCAAUAGGUAGACAUGAUACCGGUGUAUCUGCGUUAUGAAAUUUUUUUCAUUCGGAAAAUUAAAACCAUAUAGAUUUGUUUUUGAUUAUUUUCAGUUUUAUUUUUAUUUCUUUAUUUAUUUAUUUUGUUUUAUUUUCAGUUUUAAAUACAACAUGUAUGUAAAUAGCAUACAUGUAUGUAUACAACAUACCUUCAUAUACUAUUUUAUAUUGUAUCUGUAUAUUACUGCUGUCUGUAUAUAUGUUUUCAGGACCACAAUGUAAACUAGUUUUAAAAACUAAUUGUACUAUCCUGUUUAAAUAAAGGACAUUAUUAUUAUUAUUAUUAUUAUUAUUAUUAUGAUCAAGUAACACAUUUAAUGUUGAUCGGGAUCAGGACGUAGACACAUGGUGAAUCUGUGCUACGAUUAAAUAAUAUGUAGCUAUGUAAAUGCAAUGUUGACCGUAAAUUUAUGUGAUGUUGACCGUUAAUGCAAUGUUGACUGUAGAUGUAAUGUUGACCGGGAUCAAGAGGUAGACAUAAGGUGUAACAGUGUUAUGAUCAAAUUAUAAUGUAAAUCAUUUUUUUUUUAAAUUGUCAUCAUUUAUCACUUCAGGUAUUUAGUUGGUACAGUUUGGUUCAAACAAUGGAAAAAACAUGUUGGCUUUGACCAAAGGGAUGAAGGAAGCAAGGGAGACCCUGAUGCAUAUCCCGGACCAGUGAACAAUGCUCCACUACUGAAAGGUGAUGGUGAUUUGAAGGAGCAUUUGAUAGACGAACUAGAGUAUGUGUCAUUCCCCAAGGAAGGAUGGGAGUUCUUUCUUCUGAAAUAUGGAGCAGCAAAUGGCGUUAAGGAUAUUGUUAAAAGGAAGGUGGUCGAGCAGGGGAUGCUUAUAAAACAUUUAAAAGUGGAAAUUUAUUUAAUAGAUUUAAAGAUAAAAAAUAUGAAAUGUCCUUAUGAACAAGAUAUUAUCUGGAAAGUUAGCCGGAGCGACAAUAUAGAGUCGUUGGAGUUGGCAGUGAGAGAUGAAUUUGGCAUCUCUGAUGACACAGAUGUUCGUUUAUGGACCAAGUACAUGAGCAAUAGGUAUGAACCACUCAGUAAACGUGAACAAACUGUACAGGAGGCAGGUAUAUACCCUGGACAAAUUGUUGUCAUAGAAACCAAAAACAAAGACGGGUCGUGGUCAAUAGGUGGAUCUGGAAACGGAUUUAAGGUAACAAAGGAACAGAGACUGAAAUACAAUGAAGAAAAGAAGAAAAAGAAAAGUGAAAGUUUGAUGAAGGAGGAAGCUGCGAUAAGCGAUGUCGCUGGCAAAUCUUCAGAGGCACAAGAGCUAGUCUUAUGUGACCAUAAUGGAUGUGAGAAAGCAGCGCACUUGUACUGCAACCUUUGCUUGGAAAAUUUAUGCACCAACUGCGCAGGUCUACAUUUACUUAGAAAAUCCAAAUAUGGUCAUGACGUUGUAGAGUUUAAGAGCAAAAAACAGCCUGGACCGUUCUUAUAUUGUGAAACGCAUGCGGAUUUGGUCAGCGAGUUGUUCUGUGAGCAAUGUAAAGUCCCCGUGUGUUCGAAAUGCCUUUCUAGUAACUCGCAUAAAGGUCACGAUUUCACGGAAAUGUUUACCGUUCUCAAUGCUCAGAAAGAAUGCAUUGGAAGAGAAAAAGAUGAGAUCAACAUUGUUAUACAGAAAAUGGAGGAUUUCAAGACGGAAUUGGGUGCGAAAUCGGAAGAAAGACAACAGAAAUACAGGCAACUGGACGACGAAGUUGGUAGAAGGGGGAGGAGUUAAUGAAGGCUGUCGAAAACGCGAUCACAAAACAUCGACAGAAGAUUGCUGAACGGAAGGCAUCGGAUGUGAACCAAUUACAGAUUGAAGAAUCUAAAAUUGAUCAGCAAAUUGCCAGAGCUCGGGAGACAUUGGAAUCGUGCGACCAGUUGUUGAGGGAUCAAAAUCCCAGAAAGAUUCUCCAUUUUCAUUCCAAGAUUGCAGAUUUACAAAACGUAGCUGGAGCAAUCCCACACAUGGAAGAUUACCUUUUUAAGGAAGGUUCGCUGUCUGCAGACGAUUUUAAUGAAGGUUUUGGAGAGAUCCAACUCCAACAGAAGUCUUGAAAUUCAUCAGCGCUACAUAAAAUGUAAAUGCUGUCAGAAGUUCUACAUAUGUAUUUGUGCGUGCCAUCGGGAAAUAAUUUUAUCGUGGUUCUGAACUUGGUACAUGUAUGUACACAUGGACGGUUUGUGAUUGUUUUCAUGCUCCUGGCUCCGGACUAUAACACUUAAUCGUUAGACGAGCAGACUUUUGAUCCGAGUCUCACUUCUAUCAUCGUAGCUAACCACGGUUGCUGAGUCUGGUAGUACCUACCUAACGUAGUGUAAACGGAGACAAGAGGCGUGGCUUGUGACGAUGCACUUCCAUAGAAGGAACAAGUAUUAAAAUCCACCUAUGAUGUCAUUCUUUUGUUCGAACACUCCAUUAUUUUUCAGGAAUGGAGUGUUCGGAAAGUAGGUCAACCUUUAUACAAGUAGAUAUAAAUGCAUGCAACAAAAGAAUGAAAAACGUAAGACAUGAUUAAAAUGCUCAUUAAUAUUUAAUUUUUCCAGGCAAAGUUUUUAUUUCUAAAACAUUAUUUCAUCCAGAUAUGAAUAAA